UUAUAAAUACGUAAUAGAUUUUAUUCAAAAGUAAAAAGAAAUAAAUAUCAUGGAAACAAACGAUAAAACUGAUAAGGAAGUUUCUCCAUCUAAACAAGCUAAAAUUGAGUCUUCUUUCCAGUCUGCAUUUAAUGAAUUAAGGAAGUCAGAAUAUUUUAAUGAACCAGUGCCUGGUCCUUCUAAAGCCAAGGACUCCACAAUUUUUAAUACAUUGUUAGUCAGUUUAAAACAAAAAGGAAAUCCAUUAUUAAAAUUUAUAAACAACGUUCCUUGGGAAUAUUCUGAAAUAGUGCCAGAUUAUGUUAUGGGAAAAACUACUUGUGCCCUUUUUUUAUCAAUACGUUAUCACCAACUUAAUCCUGAUUAUAUUCAUGAACGCUUGAAGAUGUUGGGAAAUAUGUAUAAUUUGAGAGUGCUUUUAGUUCAGGUAGAUAUAGCAGAACCUCAGCAUGCACUAAAACAUUUAACAAGAAUUUGUAUUCUCGCGGAUUUAACAUUAAUGCUAGCAUGGAAUGCAGAGGAUGCAGGUAAAAUUAUUGAAACAUACAAAAUUUAUGAAAAUAAACCACCUGAUGCAAUUAUGGAACGUAGUGAAACAGCACCAUAUCAAAAGUUAGUUAAUGCUUUAACAACAAUUCGAUCAGUUAAUAAAACAGAUGCUACAACUCUUUUAUCAACCUUUGGUACAUUGAAUGAAUUGAUAAAAUCUCAGCCAAAUAUACUAGCACUUUGUCCUGGUAUUGGUUUACAAAAAGCAGAAAGAAUCCAUAAAACAUUACAUGAACCAUUUUUACGUCCUUCAAAAUCUGUGAAAUAA